AUGCAUGUCUCACUCGAACGGCGCAACAUCUACGAGCUGGGGGAGGUGCACUCGCGCACCUAUGGCCUCAAGGCGGCCGAAAUCCCCACCACGGUGAAGCUGAACCUCAGCCACAACCAUCUCCGUAACCUGCAGAGGCCCUUCGCGCACUCCAACCAAGGCGACGUUCGUGUUGCUGCUGAUACCGAUACGGCUGUGUCUUCGUCUUUAGGCACGGCAUCGGCCGGUGCGUCGCACUUGUCGCUUGAGGAGGAGAGCAGCGCCCUGCGCCCCUUCACCUCCCUCACACAUCUCCUGGUCAACCACAAUCAGUUGUGCAGCUUGGUGGGGCUGUGCGGCGCAGCGGAUACGCUGACCGUUCUUAUCGCCACGCACAACGCGCUCACCUCAGUGGAUGGCAUGCAGACGUGCAGGCGAUUGACGUACGUGGACCUCUCCUACAACUCCAUUGAGUCGCUGCAGGGGCUUCCGCUGAUGCUCGUGGCGCCGUCUUGGGAAGCUGCCUCUGGGAAUAGCCCGACCGCCUAUAAUGUUCUUCAUAAAGUGGCCUCGGAGAGCGCAGCCGAGCUCUCGCACAUGGGGGCAUCCGCCUUGGAAGGUGCCGCCCUAGCUGCACAGCUGAUGGCUGGUGGCACGGCGGCGAAGGAAGACGUCGAACUCAUCUUUGAGAGCGUCGACGGUGGCGACAACGAAAGCCAUACACCCAUCCCCACCGCGUCUAUCCCCAUCAGCCUCCAGUCCUCGGUGGGUACAGAAACACAGCAGCAGCCCUCGGGCCGGUCUCUGGGACGUGCUCGCAGCCUCGCGGCGCGUCCGUCGCUUAGCGCCGGCGCGUCGGCCGCCACUGGGGCGCAUGCAUCCUCUCAACCGGUAGCAGCAUCUGCCGCGGCGGAUGCCUCUCCACUGUUGCCUGGUGCCAAGUCAGGCUCUGGCAACAUAGACAGCAACAAGGUCGGCGUCGUGCUCAUCCUUUCGCACAACCGCCUGCGUGGGCGUUCUCUGUCGGGGAUGGUGUGGGUAGGGUCGGCAGACGCUGAAAGGGCCGCUGCGCAGGGUGGAACGGGCUCGUCAACGCACCUUUUUCUGCGCCCGUGGUGCACGGCUCUGACGCACCUGGACCUGUCGCACAACUACAUCGAAGACACUCGUGAUGUUCGCCGGCUCUUCACUCCGAUACCCUGGCCUUCCUCCCCUUCCCCUUCCUCCGCUGCCGCCGUCACGUGUGCCCCGGCACUGGCCCGCUUGCGGUGCCUCGAUAUCAGCGGCAACCCAUUCUUGGUGAACGGAUCGCUGGCGGAUGAGCUCGCGAGGUCAAUGAGGACGGCCGUGGGGAACGACGACAGGUCUGUGGUGUCGUCUGUGCAGUUUCGCUUGAACUACGCCUCCCGCACGCUGAGUGCCGCGCUCCGGGGACCCUCUCCUUCGGCGAGUGCAGUCGGCUUUCCGAGCCUGGCCGCUGCACAACGUGCCAUGGAUGCCCUUCUCACCUCCCUCGCCGACCGCUGGCAGUGCACCGCGCCAUCGUCGUCGGCGCCGGCCACCACGUCGAUGUUCUCUCUCUUCUCCCCCGCAGACGCCCGCGCUGCGGUGGAGAAGGCACCGCAACCGUGUACCGUUCACUUGCGUGGCGGCGAGCUUACUGUGCUCGCCGCAGCGCUCCAACAGCGCGGUGCUCGCCUGGGCGAGAUGCUGGAGGUGCCAGCGUUGGCGCCAGGCCUUUAUGCGAAGCGCGCUGCCGCGUCGCCAACGCCGAACACAGCAGGUAGCGGUCACAGCCCGCCUCCCUCUGGCCACUCACGCAACGGCGGCGACGCACACACGGCUGUGGCGAUGGCCGCAGAUGCAGACGCCCCCCGUGCCAUCUUUCUCACGCCACCGCCUCGAUGGACCCGCGAUACUUCCAUCGGUGUGGACGCCAGCGUCUUGAGUGGCGGGGGUGCCCCAUCGCCGCCAGCGGCGCAGCAGCCGACGACACGGAUGGCUCCGUCCUCAGCGCCGCCCACGCCACCGAGAGCGGCAACUGUGGAAGCACCACAGGACGCCCCGAGCACCUCCAGCAGCAGCAGCCGAGCGGAAACAUCGACGGUGGGAUACCGGCUUUACCAGGGUCGGGGCCAUCAACGGCAGCCGGGGCCUGUCGUUGACAAGAGUGCCGAGAACACUGGAGCUGCCGUGGCGCACCUUGAUGUCACCGCCGGCAGUGGCGCGGCAGCAGUCUCGCACACCUCAACGGUGUCACUCUCUGCAGAUGCGGUGGAGCUGCAGCUCCUGCACGCUGAGGUUGUCGAGCUGCGCCGUCGCCAUCGCGAACUGCAGCGCCAAACGCAUGACCAGACGCGCGUGCUGCAGCGCCAAGAGGCCACGAUACGAGAGCUGAAGAAGGCAGCAGCACUCGCGCAGCAGGAGGCACAAGCUGAGUUGAGCAAGGCGCAGCUCGAGAUCCAGCGGCUGCAUCAACGGGUGCAGAUACUGAACGACUUAGCGGCACAGGCGGCGCCGCCUCAGCCGACUUCUGUGUCGCCAACUUUGUCUGUGCCGCUGCAGUUGCCGCCCUCGGGCAACUUGUGA